UCAAAACUGUGCUAUAAUUAACGUGGAGAGCCACCUGAGUCUGUUUGAAAACAAAGGAAAACAGGAGCCUUUUCUCAGCUUAGACGCUGUUUCUAAUGGGAGGUCAGUAGGAGGUCAGCGGCGGCAGCAGGGAUGCGAAUCCAGCUGAAGGGUCCCGGCCACGCCGCCACCCUGCUGGCGGAGCUCAACCGCUGCCGGCUGACACGUCAGUACUGCGACGUGUUCCUGCAGGUCGGCAGCCGAACGUUUGCGGCGCACCGCGCGGUGCUGGCCUGCGCCGGCACGUACUUUCAAAACCUGUUCAGCCGGGCGCCGACCACGAUGUCGCCAGCGUUUUCGCUGGAGUUUGUCUCGCCGGCCAACUUCGAGAAGGUUCUGACGUUCGUCUAUACUGGGGAGAUCCUGAUCGACCUCAUCGACGUCGGCGUGCUGUACGAGCUGGCGGAGAGGCUCGGCGUCGGAGAGCUGGUGCGGGCGUGCCACGCCACCUUUCCGGACUUGCAGGUUUCUGCUAAAGCGGGUCGAGACGGAGAGCUGCCGCUGGACUCGGGGUUGAUCGGCGGCGGUGCGACCUCUGAUCCAUCGUUGUGCUCCUCCGCAGCGUCCUGCUCUUCCCUCUCCUCAUCUGUCGGUCAGUCUGCGGCGCCGACACCCGCUGCAGCUCCUUCACCUCUUUUCCAGAGAACCGGCAGGUUAGAAACCCAGGAAGCAGGUCUGACUCUGGACCUGAAGGCCGAAGACUUCCAGUCCCACAUCGGUUACGGACAGAUGCCGAGCCGCCCGGCGCUGAAGCUGAAAACCGAGCAGAGCUGCGACGACUGCGUGACGCGAUGCAACCCUGCGCCCUCUGACCUCUGCUCCCUCCCGGACUCCUCCGCUCAGCUCGGACCCGAAGCGCCGACCUCCUCCUCUGGAGAGCCUCCAGCCGGCCUGCAGGGGGCGCCGGUGACGAGCAAACAGGGAGACUGUGUGCUGAUGUUUGAGGAGGUUGAAGUGAGGGAGAGUAAAGGUGAGAUGGAGGAAGAGGAGUGGCGACAGCUGGCUGGAGAAAUAAUCGAGCUGAGCGACGAUGAGACCUACAUGGAGGAGGAAGAUGAGGAAGAUGAUCUGGUGUGUGUGGAGAACGGCGCAAGAGACGAAGGGAGCAGGAGCGGCCUGGUGAGCAGAAAUCAGCUGUCGUGUAAAGCCUGUUCUGCGCCGCUCCCUGCAGACCCGGUCGUGGUGAAGCGACACGCCGAGGCUCACCUGACGGAGCUGGGCCUCUGCCGGCUGUGCGGCGCCUCGUUCCCGGACCGGGCCGCCGCCGUGGCCCACUCCCUCGCCCACGUCAGCGUUCAGCUCUUCUCCUGCGAAAUGUGUCGGCAGGAGUUCUGCAGCCAGAGCAAACUGCUGCGCCACCACCACCAGACGGCCGCUACCUACAGCAUCCCGCAGGGGGCGCUGAUGAGCAGCGGACAGGGCUCAGAGCUGAAGUGUGCGGUGUGCACCAAAACCCUCAGCAAGGACUUCCAGACGCUCAGAGACCACCUGCUGAGCCAUGUGUGUCUGCAGACCCUGACCUGUGGGGUCUGCCACCUGCCUCAGCUCUCUCUCUGCUCCCUGCUGUGGCACGCCCUCGCCCACCUCUCCCUGCCCGUCUUCACCUGCCCUCACUGUGCCUGCUGCUUCGUAGAGCGCCCCCUGCUGGACAGACACAUGGCAGCUCAUGCCGACGAGGCGGCCGCUAAGGAGAAGCAGCGUCUGGCGCACAAAGCGGAGGAGAUGCAUUGCUUCCUGUGCCCACAGACGUUCGUCUCCUCCUCUGCCUUCCAGCUCCACCUCGCAAUGCACACCUCAGAGUCCCUGAACGACGGCGGCGGCUGCCUCGGCAAGCGGAAAGCCGACCACUCCCUGGACUGUCCUCCAUCUUCCUCUUCCUCGUCUCCACGCGACGUCGGCGGCCUCUCGAAGAUCAACCUGGGUUUGGGGAUGGCAAUCGGCUUCAGCGUGCCGGAGAAGCUAGGCUUCCCGCCCGCGGCGGGGCAGGACAGUACUGCCAUGGACGGGGGCGUCCGCGGGAAGUGGUACCGCUGUCGCUACUGCGGCAAAUGCUUCGCCCACUCAGGGGAGUUCACCUACCACCUGCGGAUCCACACCGGAGAGAAGCCAUACCAGUGCAAGGUGUGCCUGCGGUUCUUCAGGGGCCGAUCCACCAUAAUCUGCCACCUGAAGACGCACGCCGGCGCCCUGAUGUACCGCUGCACCGUCUGCGGACUCUACUUCUCCACCCUCAAGCUGGUGUCGUCGCACAUGGAGCUACACAAAGGCCACCUGCCGGCCGACUUCAACAUCGAGCAGACCUUCAUGUACAACGACCACUCCAAGGAGCCGCUGCUGCCCGCCGGCGACGCCUGAUACACUGACAACACUAAGAACAAAAGAUUUCAAAUUAAUCUCAGAAAUUAUCUGCUAAAACAUGGAGAUUUCUGAGUUUGAAAAGUCAAAAAUGUGAUGGAAAAAAAUCUGAAAUUUUUAUAUUAAUCUCAUCUUGAAAAGCAAAAUAAUAGAACUUUUUUAGUUUGAAAGUCAAAGUUUUUGAAAUUGAGCUCGAAAUGUUCUAGAGAAACAUGAACAUUUUUGAGUUUGAGAAGUCAAAAAUUUACUAGAAAAAAUUUUUAAAAAUGGAUUUCUCAGUUGGUUUCUUUUUGUGGAAAUUACUAAAUUUUUUCUUACUGUUUUUAUUUGUAAUGGCCUGUCAGCUUCUGCAUUUUAUUCUUUCACCCAUUAUUCAAUCAGUUUGUCCAGUCAAUCGAUUUAUUUGUUUGUCUGUUUAAUCAUUUGUUUGCUCAUCUGCUGGUUUACUUGUCCAUCAGUACAUCAACUUAUCCCUUUUUAUCCACCCAUGUCUCUGUUUGACCGUCUGUUAAUCCAUUUGUUCAGCUGUUCAUCACUCAUCUAUAAUGGCCAGAAGGUGCAAACGACAAAAUGAACUGCAAUAGAAAAACAAAUGUAAUGGAAAAUGUUGCAGUGGAAGAAAAAAUGCCACAAAUGGCGAAACAAAAACAACUGAAACUACCAAACGCCACAAAACAGAAAUGCUCCAGACCACUAGGGGGCGUCAACCACCAAAUCAGAUUCCAAGUAAAGAUUUUAUGAUUUAAAUUGGAUGUCUAGAAGAAACUCUAAGGAAGAAAAUGUGCAUUUUACUUUAUAUUAAUUUUUUGCUGCAUUUUCACUUUUCCCUUCAUUUCCAGGAGUUGCAGCAUUUUUUUUGUUGCAUUUUUGUUAUUUGUGUAUUUUACAGUUUGCAUCAUUCGUCCAAUAACUUGCAAACAUCUGAUAAUCAGCAAUUAAUUAGUCAAACUGUUUAAAAUUACAUUUUGAAUUUUUUUGCCCAAAAUAAAAACACUUUCACAGCAAAAUUAGGAAACUGUCAGAAAACAUAAGUUAUAAUCAAACACUUUUUGCAUUAUCUGGAGGAUCCAUUGUCGUAGUUUGUAUGUGGUUUUGUACUUCUGUUUUUUGGAAGAAAGAACAGUCAAGUUGCACUUUUAGGUUCUGGUUGAGGUGAAAACUGGAAUAUCUAAUUUCUCAUGUGCCUGUUGAAGAAUUAAACGUGUUUUUAUGUGUAUGAAUAAAUCCUUUAACUCUUUGUACGACGCUGGUGAACAUGUGACCUUACAGAAGGCCAGUCAGGUCCAAACUGAAACUUUUGAUCUCUGUUGAAACACAGAACGCUGUCGUCUUUAUCAAAAUUAAUCUAUCUAAAAGUUGGGUUUUUAUUGUCAGUGAGUGAUAUUUACACUAUUAUUAAUAUAUCUUAUCAUUGUAGCAUCCAGAACUAAUGGUUUCUUAUUUUUGUUAGUGUCCUAAAGUUAAAUUUUUUUAAACUUCAGUUAAAGUCAGAAAGUGCAUUUCUUAUAUAUUUUUCUGACUUAGCAGAAAGGAAGCCGUUCAUCCUGUAACUGUCAACGCGUUUCUGUGAUAAACGCCUGUCGUAACUCAUAUUUAUAGAUAUUUAUUGUUUUUAUGCCUUUAUACCUUUCCAUAUCUCUUUGUUUUAAAAAUGAAUAAAAUUGAUGCCUCUAGGAA